UUUAAAUAUUCAUCCUCCACUAUUUGUUUUGUUUUCUACUGGCAGAAUAGAUAGUGGAAUGAAAUAGCCCAGUUAAACCAGGAAGUUGUCUCUCUCUCUCUCGGAAGGCAGGAAGCAGCGUGGGCUGGCCAGUCUCUCUGUGUCACCGCCUGCGUCACAUGCCAGAGGGGGUUCUCCAGUGACGAUAAGGCUGCGUAGCGGAGCAGUCUGCCACAGACAAGGGGAAGAAAGACCGUGGCUGGUACGGACGGUGCUGUCUGGCUACAAUAGAGACAAAAGCGAGCGGUCUGUUCGAGCAUAAAGCGCAACGGUGUCUCUUGGAUUAUACAUCGUUACUCUAAUGGUGAUCUGAUACCUGGGUUAUUGGGAGGCACGGUGGAGUCAGAGGAGGCUGACCGCRUCACCGUCGAAGACAUCCCAGAGGACGAGCUGGACAUUAGCAGCUGUAACCUAGACGACGACUCCUUCCUCCACCCCUACCCCUCCAAGAGGAGACAAGCCCUGCUGAAGGCUGCGGGGGUGAAGAUCGAUAAGGAGGAGAAGAGGAAGCUCCAGCAGCUGAGAGUGUCCAGGGAGGACUGUGGCUGUGACUGCCAGGGCUUCUGUGAGCCAGAGACCUGCGCCUGCAGCCUGGCAGGCAUCAAGUGUCAGAUGGACCACUCGUCAUUUCCCUGCGGCUGCACUAAGGAUGGUUGCGGUAACCUGGAAGGGCGUAUAGAGUUCAACUCCAGCCGGGUUCAGACCCACUACAUCCACACCAUCAUGAAGCUAGAGCUGGAGAAGAGACUGGAGGAGACGUCUGGACCAGAGGAAGAGGACCUGGGAGAGACAGCCCCAGCCCACGCCCACAACCCCCUGUCCGACCUCCCCUCCAUCCCAGAUGGCCCCUCCUUCUACUUCAGCUCAGAGCUGGCGGCGGUCGGGGAGAACAGCUGUAGCAGCGACAUGACAGACUCCUCUGUCUCCUCGGGGGGGAGUGAGGACUCAGAGGAAGGGGCGGGUUUAGGCCGGGAGGACGAUGCGGAUGAAAACGGACAGCGCCGCGUCCUCAGCUUCAGCGACAACGACUAUAGCGUAAAUAACUACGUUGUUAAUGACAACCGCUGUUGCCCCAAGCAAUGGCUACAGCAGCAGAAGCAGGCGUCGUCCAUGACGACAACAGCCUGGAUGUUGGCAGAGUUUAGCACGGCAGACUUCCCAGAGGAGAAUGACAAUCUAGAGGCGUACACAGACAACCGGGCCAUGGCCAUAUCACCAGGGAUAGAUGAUAACGCUAACCUAGGCAACGGUCUGUUCCACCACCACAGCAGCUGCAGUAUCUCUAACCCCCCAUCCCCCUCCGUAGACUUCCCCAACGCCCAAUCCCCCUCCGUAGACUUCCCCAACCCCCCAUCCCCCUCCGUAGACUUCCCCAACGCCCAAUCCCCCUCCGUAGACUGCCCCAACACCCCAUCUCCCUCAGUAGACGACACCGCUGCCAGCUACAUGGACCUCAGCCUGUCCUCAGAGUCUGACCUGGAGUUCUUUGAUGGUUUCUGUCUGGGUCCUUCCUCCCUCUACAACUCCCUAACAGAGUACCAACACAUGGACAACUUCUUUCACUUCCAGUUGCCUAGUUACCCCAGCAGCCAAUCACAGGCCAGCGACCCCGGGACCUGCCCCCUGGAGUCUCUGAUUGGUCUGUCAGAAUCUGACCCAGAACCCCCUGCAACGUUCACAGACAAUCAGCUGUUGGAAGAAGCCGUCAGGGGUUAACUAUCGGGACCUGAACCGCCAACUGUUUUCUGGACUAUGUAGGGAAUUAGGGGGGAUGGGGGUCAGUGUAAACAGACUUCUGUUGGAAGAAGCUGUGAUUUCUCUCUUGCCUUCUAAAUGUUAGCAAAGCAGUUGGUAAUUAUCGCUAUAUGAAAUGGCAGCUAACGUUUCACUUGGUAAUUAUCGCUAUAUGAAAUGGCAGCUAACGUUUCACUUGGUAAA